AAUAGAUAUGUUCACCUACUGAUUUAAUUUUGAAAAAAAAUGUCAUAAUCACAGUGAUGCUUUGUUUAAUAGACAUAAAUCACAACUCAUGCUAGACUAGAAAUUCAUACUAUCCUAACAUAAAAUAAAAAAUAAAACUAUUCCAGUCCUGUUCCCAGACUACAAAGCCACAAACACACAAUAACUUCCCUAAAAGCAAUACAGCGAAUGCUCACCCGGGUCAUCACAACGCUACACCACCUCCAAGAACGCUGACUGUGGUUCUGUCAGCGGUCUCACUAAGGGAAGGCUGGCUCGCUGUGAUUGACCUCUGACAGCAUUCCUAACCCUUAUAGGAAUACGAAUGGGAGCGUAAGGUAUCCCAAAUGAAAAGAGAGACCACAACACUUUCAUAAGAUGGAUCCAACAGAGAAUAACACACCUGGUUCUCAUGAUGAAGAAACACAAGAAGAACACAAAGAAACUCUAAGUCAGCCUAAUCAAGAAGAGGAGAAUGAAGCUGUGCCUUUGAUUGAGUCUGGCACUCAGGCUAAUGCUGACCCAAAAGUGAUCACGGAAAAUGCUGUAAGAGUAGCUUUUCUACCGCCAGCAGAGGAGGCAGAUCUUCCAAUAUCAGAGUCACUGGUGCAUGGUGAUGCAUCUUACAGUGCUGAUGAUAAUUCUUCUUACAGUGAUGAUGAGGCAGAUAUAGAUCAAGAUAUUGAUGAUGCUCUAGAUGAAGGAUACAUGGGUAUGGAAUGCACUUUAGAGCGUGGAUUUUCACUUAAUGAAGCUGCCAUUGCCCGUGAUCUUCGAUAUGAGCGGUAUGAUGAAGUUGCUGUGAAAUACGAGAGAAGUCAUUCGUUUUCAAAAUACCAGCCUUCGUUGAAGCAUUUUAAACCAGUCAGAAAAUCUUCAGCGGAAAAAGAUGAAAUGCCUAUAGACUCCACUGGUCUGUAUGGCUUUGUCUCAUACUCCUGGAUCACUAGUCUCAUGUGGAAAGCAUACAAGAAAGGAUUGAAAGAGGAGGAUGUCCCCAUCUGCUCAAAGUAUGAUAUGUGUGACUACAAUACUGACAGCAGCUCUGCCAGGUGCAUGGCUUGUAGGCCAGGAACACGCGAACACUAUGCCUCCCCUUUCAGCUCUGCCAGGUGCAUGGCUUGUAGGCCAGGAACACGCGAACACUAUGCCUCCCCUUUACACAGUAGUUAUACCUUAAUGAGAACAAUUCCUUUAGAGAUCAGAAAACGUGAGAGACAUCUGCUGGAAAAGUCGGCCUAUGUUCAGAGCAUCAGUUUGGCCAUGGCUCCCACAGUGCCCGUGAUUGCAGCCAUUGUUACCUUCCUGGCUCACAUUGGUGCUGGAUAUAACCUUACAGCUGCACAGGGUAUGACUGUCAUCUCCUAUCUCUUAGGCAAUGUCCGUGCAUCUUUUAACAUGCUGAGAUUUUCAGUGAGAGCGUUUGUUGAAGGUCUUGAUUCUGUCAGAAGAAUAAAGAGUAUUUUACUGAUGGAUGAGUUGGAGCCCUACCUCAAGACUCCACAAGAACCUGAUACAGCUGUGGUACUGGACCAAGCCACCCUUGCAUGGGAUGCUGUCUCUUCCUUCAAAAAAAAGAAAAAGAAGAGGAGGAAGAACAAGAAGGAUGGCAUAACUCCAGCUGAUCAACUGAUGCCGAAAGUAGUGGACUUGAAACACAUUGAUGUUCUCUUUGACUUAAGUCUCUCCAUCAAGAAGGGCGAACUCAUUGCUGUGUGUGGUAGUGUUGGUGCUGGAAAAUCCUCUUUCAUAUCAGCUCUACUUGGUCACAUGCGUUUACAGUCAGGAGAGGUGUAUUUACAAGGAACAUGUGCAUAUGUUGGCCAACAAGCAUGGAUCAUGAAUGCCUCCUUUAGGGAAAAUAUUUUGAUGGGUGAAGCAUUUGAUGCCAAAAGGUAUUACCGUGUGAUAUAUGCCUGCAACCUUACCCAAGAUGUUGGAGCUAUGCCUGCUGGAGAUUUCACAGAAAUUGGAGAACGAGGUAUCAAUUUGUCUGGAGGACAGAAACAACGUUUGUCACUUGCCAGGGCACUUUAUGCUAACAGGGAUAUUUAUUUAUUGGAUGAUCCUUUGAGUGCUGUAGAUGCUCAUGUUGGCAGCCACAUCUUCCAGUGGGUGAUCAAAGGUGCUUUAAGAAAUAAGACAACAGUGUUUGUCACACAUCAGCUGCAGUACUUGCCCCAUUGUGACCGUGUAGUUUACUUGCGUGAGGGAAAGAUCGCAGAGCUGGGAACACACUCAAUUUUGAUGGAGGAUAACAAUGAAUAUGCUGCUCUAUAUAGAACCCAUAUGGAAACAGUUGAAAAUCAGGAAAAGGAAAGCAGCAAGACUGAGGAAUCAGAUGCUGAAGGACGCCAGCGGCAAGACUCAGUCAUUUCAGGAGGAAGUAGCAUAAAUGGCUAUCAGAAGAAUAGUCCAGAGAAAAGUCCAGUCAAAGAAGUUAAGAAGAAACCAGAAGAUGGUCAACUGAUCACAGAAGAGAAGCUAGAGAAGGGAGAUAUCCCUUUGUCAACAUAUAACUGGUACAUUAAGGCUGCUGGAGGUUAUAUUAUAUCCACCCUGGUGAUCUUCACCUUUGCUGCCAAUGUGGGCUCUACUGCUUUCAGUUCGUGGUGGCUCUCAAUGUGGCUUAGUGCAGGGAGCGGAAACACAGAGGUGAUAGUUGGAAAUGGAACGGUCAUCAGUGACAACAUCGCAGACAACCCUGACCUUUUUAUGUACCAGACUGUUUAUGGCUGCCUUAUUUUAGUCAUACUUGGAACUUCGCUUAUCAGAGGAUUUGCCUUUAUGAAGACUACCCUAAAGGCUUCUAGCAGCAUGCACGAUCAAGUAUUUGUCAAAGUGUUCCGAAGCCCCAUGAGUUUCUUUGACACAACUCCUUCAGGACGCAUUAUAAAUAUCUUCUCCAGAGACAUGGAUGAAGUGGAUGUGCGUGUGCCUAUGACCAUGGAGACUUUCCUGCAGAAUAUUUGGUUAAUCACAAGUUCACUUGUGUUCGUCUGUUUGGUGUUCCCUCAUUUCCUUCCAUUUCUGGUAGUAUUGGCUAUCCUCUUCCUUUUUAUUAGGAGCAUCUUCAGGAUUGGAAUUCGUGAUUUUAAGAGGAUGGAGAAUGUGUCGAGAUCUCCUAUGUAUAGCCAUGUCAGUACAACUGUGAAUGGGUUAGCCACUAUCAAUGCAUAUGGCAAACAGGAGAUGUUUACCAAAAAAUUUAUGGUAUUAUUUGAUGAAAACACAUGUGUCUUUUUCCUGUUCAACUGUGCUAUGCGAUGGUUAGCUAUCCGACUUGAUAUCUUAGCUUUGUUGGUAAUGUCAAUCACAGCCAUUCUCUCAUUGGUAUUACGAGGAUCUGUGGAAGCAUCUUUUGCUGGGCUGGCCUUGGCUUAUGCUGCCCAGUUAAGUGGCAUUUUCCAGUAUACUGUAAGACUUAGCACUGAAACUGAAGCACGCUUUACUUCAGUCCAGCGGAUUAGUAAUUAUACCAAGUGCUUAGCCUCAGAAGCUCCAGCUAUUAUAGAAUCAAAGAGACCAGAUCCAAACUGGCCCAAGUAUGGACGCAUAAGCUACCGAAAUGUGCAGCUGAAGUACAGACCAGACACACCUCUUGUUUUGAAGGGCAUCACAUUUGACAUCGAUUCAUUGGAGAAAAUAGGCGUGGUUGGAAGGACAGGUUCAGGCAAGUCUUCUCUAGGAGUAGCGUUGUUCAGGUUGGUUGAGCUAGCAGGAGGCAGUGUGCGAAUUGAUGGAUUAGACAUUUCAGACCUAGGCCUCGAGGAUCUACGAUCUCGCCUCUCAAUUAUUCCUCAAGAUCCAGUGCUUUUCAUUGGCACAGUCAGAUACAAUUUGGAUCCCUUUGAGAAAUAUACAGAUGAAGCUGUUUGGUCAGCUUUAGAACAGACAUAUAUGAAAGAAAAGAUUGCAAAUCUUCCUUUGAAACUCAAUGCUCCUGUGAUAGAGAAUGGAGAGAAUUUCUCUGUUGGUGAACGUCAGUUGAUGUGUAUGGCUCGAGCCUUGCUGAGAAAUAAUAAGAUAUUGUUCCUUGAUGAGGCAACAGCUGCAAUAGACACAGAGACAGAUUCCAAGAUUCAACGUACACUGCAAGAGGCCUUUAAAGCUUGCACAAUGAUUACCAUUGCUCAUAGAUUAAACACAGUGAUGACCUGCUCCCGCAUAUUGGUUUUGGCUGAUGGAAAAGUGGUUGAAUUUGAUACUCCUCGCAAUCUUAUGGCUAAUCCCCACUCAGCAUUUGCCAAGAUGGUUGCAGCUGCAGAGUCGUCUUUACUUCUGUAAAUGGAACUGAAGUCAUCUCAAUACCUCUGAAUUGACAAAGUGAUGUAUAUAUAGAAGAUUGUAACUUAAUUUUUUCUUCACUAUUUAAUUACACAGUUUUUGGGUAUUACAUACUCAAGAGGAGUAGGAUUUAUUUUCUUUUUCAUGUGUAUAAUUCUUCUAUUUGUAAGUGUGUAUGGGUAUGUACCUAAAUACAUACACAAGCAUUUACAUGUGUGCACACACAUGCACACUGAUGUUGGCAGACACACAC